AUGAAUCACUUCCGCGAGCACUACCUACUUGUUAACUACACAACAGCACACAUCUUCAUUCAAAAAGCAAGUGCCUUUCCAUUACUUUCAAAUACCCUAAAAAUUGAAUGUGUUCAUUCACAGCCGGGAAAUUUGAACGAGCCAGGAAGGCUAGCUGUCGUGGAUCGACUGGUGCAAACUUUUGAGUCGUAUCCGGAGUGCCUUGGGGCAAAUUUCAGUCACUACUUUGUUCGCGACUACAAACUAUUUCGUGAAGCAGUGGAGCUCGAGGAAGAGAGGGCGUUUGGCAUCACUGCUGAUAAGACUGACAUAUUCUCCGAGAAGGCUAUGCAGCCAUUCUUCUCAUGGCCGGAAUUCAAGCACUGGAAUGGCUUUGUCAAGUUCGACGAACACGGAAAGUAA